CGUUCAGAAUUAAAUAGUUUUGCGAGUGGCACUGUUUUACGAGUGUAGUGAAAUAUCGCUGAUUGUUGUACAGCAGCUGCAACUGCAGGUGGGCACUUAGCACACACGCCGCUGAGCAUAUACAUUGGUGUGCCGGCAGGGUGGAGGAACUGCGUCAAGGGUCACGGUAGACCUUGUGGUGAAGCCCCUGGAACCCUCUGGUGGGUUCGAGAAGGGAGGUGUGGCUAGGGCGGAGCCAAGCCGCGCCGAUGGGAAUAUAAGCAGCUGAGAGCGAGAGCUCUGGGCUGCCGAUUCUGGGAUUGGACUCGUUUAGUCGUCACUGUCGUCGUCGCCGCCUUCGUUGCUGUCGCCUUCACCCGAUAAUUGCGCGGCCGAACAGUAGUUGGCUGUCCCGGUCGACGCUGUCGGUGCAACGUGGACAGGGACGUGUCUGGGACAGGUCGUGCGGCAGCGUGGUCGUGAGAGAGAGGGGGCCCGAGUGGUGGCGUGAACUCAACAAUAAAAGGAGGGGAGGACGGUGCCUCCUGCGACCACCUCGUCUCCGACUAAGUGUGUGUGCGAUGCACGCCACCCGCACGCACACACAAGCCUCGAGCAAGAGAACGAAGAGGAGACACACGACACUACACUAGUAUUGGGUAUAUCUCCAAACGAAGUCAAACAGAAUCUCCAACACGAUUUCGACUUAAAUAUAAAUUGUAAUCACUAAAAUUGCUCCUAAAUGCACAAAAAUAUGCAGUUUUUUCGUACAAAAUUAUUUUAAUUCCCUUGACCUAUUACGGAUAUGAGAAAAGAUGUAAUACUUGGGUUUACUGAUUGAUUCAAAGCUUACAUUCCAAUCCCAUAUUGAUCAUAUCUCAAAGAAAAAAUAUGGUUUUUAAACAAAGAUUAUAUUCCCAUUCUCUUGUGCCUAUAAAUUGUUAAAGCUAUCAUUAAAGCUAUCUAUAAUACAUUUUUUUUGGGUGAAAAUUCUACCACUUUUUGAAUACUGUGACGCUCCUUACAGAUCAGCUCAUCCACAAUUUGCAAACCCAAGAAACCUAAGGCGUCCAAUCAAAUUGCCGCUUAAAUAUACUGUACCUAUAACUAGAUUUUGAAUAGGUGAGAAAGACUUUGAUGUUUCAAAUUAUAUCCUGAAGCAGAAUAUUAGUGCUGGAUAUGUGAUUUGUAAUUUGAAGCCUUACCCGUGUAGUAUCGAUAGUUCAAUGUUAACGUGCCAUAUUAUUGAGAUUUUUGUGUGCUGUUAUCUUGGUAUGGUCUGGGACUGUUUUUGUUGUUAUUUUUGCAUUCCUAUCAUUGUUUGCUUGCUAUUGUAACUUGCUGACCUGCCCGUACUGGACAUCUGUAAAAAAGAUAAUAGAUAAUCGGAUACCUCCAUUCUAAAUAAAGAUUCUGAUGAUACUGUACUGAACUCUAGUGACAUCAUGAAUGCCCGUUUUCAAGUUAAAUAUGUCCAUUGUAAAAUUAUAGUUGUGAGAUCGUUAAACCCGCCACCACCUGACAGCCAAUUAGUAAGGUUUGUCACGUAAACAAAACGUGCCAAUUAGUUACUAGCUCAGCACGAACCGGCUGCGUGUCGCAGAGUUAACCCACAACGACAUUCGACGUUCCGACGGCGAUUAGAACGCGAACACGCGGUAGGCGCUGUGACGUCACCACGCGGGGCGAGGGGGAGGGGUGAAGACGUCACGGGGGUGCCGUUUCCGCGCAUGCGCGUUGCGGCCCGCACGCCGCUCUAUUUAACUGCCCCCGCGCGGAACUCGGCGCGGCAGAGGGCGGCGAGAGACGCGAGAGGCACGUGAGGAGAGAGCGGUCCGGCGUCUACCCGCGCACUUCCACCGCUCCCAUCACCUCCCGGCUGUCUCCUCGCCGACCUCUCGUUCAGCCGUCCGCGCGCCGCGAUGGGAUCGAAGGCGUCGUCGCUGCUGCAGGACGAAGAGAUCGAGGAGAUCAAGCGGGAGACCGGAUUUACGACGAGCCAAAUAACACGCCUCUACAGCCGCUUCACCAGCCUGGACAAGGGGGAGAAUGGUACCCUCAGCCGAGAAGACUUCUUGCGGAUUCCAGAGCUAGCCAUAAACCCUCUUGGUGACAGGAUCGUCAAUGCCUUCUUUAUAUGCGGGGAGGACCAGGUAAAUUUCAGGAGGUUCAUGGCCACGCUGGCACACUUCCGUCCCAUGGAUGGACAAAAGAAUGUCGAGGCAAACGAAGCACUCAACAGCCGCUCCAAUAAGCUGAAAUUUGCUUUUAAACUCUAUGACCUGGACAAUGAUGAUAAGAUAUCCCGCCAGGAGCUGCUCCAUGUGCUGCGAAUGAUGGUUGGGGUGAACAUCUCUGAUGAACAGCUGGGCAGCAUUGCUGACAGGACCAUCCAAGAGGCAGACCAGGAUGGUGACAAUGCCAUUUCCUUCACCGAGUUCGAAAAGGUCCUCGAGAAAGUGGAUGUGGAACAGAAGAUGAGUAUUCGCUUCCUUCAUUGACACUGGAGAAUUGGGGUGGAUGUAACUGCACUUCCAAGUUAUGCUGCGUUGGAAGUGUGCGAUUUUUCAUCUUAUCCCUGGCUCAAUCUAUUUGAAAAUUUAAUUGUUCUCUGGCACGCAUCUUUUUGUAAGGACAAUCUGCUGUAAAUUGUUUGUAAGGCGUGUUUGCCUCACUUCCAUGGCAAGCGUGGUUCGUGCUGGAAUCUGGCUGAGCAGGACCCAGGUGAAUUCCAUCAGUCCCUCCAAGCCUCCCUAGGUGAUCAUGUGACCCGAGUUGAGGUUGCAUCUGGACGCUAUAUAAACCAACAUUUUAUUGUUUCACUAGUCUCAAUCAAAUUAAGCUGUUUUGGUCGAAAAAUACAUGAAAGUAUACAGUCAAUUAUCCCCAAGGCUCUUGUAAUAUACCCGUUUCUAAAUAAAAAAUACUGUACGUUUUUUUGCCACCCUAUGUAAUGGCCAGCAAACUCCCCUACAUUGUUAAAUGCCUGCCCAGCUAAAGAUGCACACUCGCAGGGUCCCUCUGCCUUCGUGGAGUCGAGCGGAUGGGUCACUGGGGUGUGGUGGGAGGGGGGAGUGGAGGGACUAAGGCUCUGUAGUCUGAGUGAGCAUGGCUACGGACUGGCUGUGGAAAUGUGGUUUAUACUUCUUUUUUGUGCUGUUCCAAAAAAAACACUGUUGGAUUAAGAUUGCCUUUAAUGCCAUAGCACUCAUAUAUUAGUGUCUUGUUUUAUUUUAUAUGGCGUUCAGGGAUGUUGAGGAUUAAGUCAUUUUAUCUUAAAUCCUAUUUUAGAAGCGUAACUAAUAUGUUACUACUGAUUGUACACUGGCAUGAAUCAUUUAUAAUUAUGUAUGCACACUAAGUCUAUGCACUCUUUGCAGCAUCAAGUUUGCUAAAUCUACAAAUUCUCAUUACAGAUGGGAGGGGGGUGUAUACCUAGUUGUAAACACACUUGGUACCCUAAACACACGCAACAUUGAGGGGUAAGCAAGAGCACAAUGGCAACUGAAGUCUGCAAAGCGAUUUUGCUUGGUGAAACUUGCUUGGUGAAACACUCGCAAAGGUGUGACAAUUGCCUACUUUUUUUGUUGUUUAACGCCUGCGGUGUUUUCUCUAGGAACUGUCUAUCACCCUCGUGUUUGCAGGCAACUCAUCCCCAAUAACGAAGCUGCUUUUUAAAAGGGUGUGCUAGGCCAAUGACCAAAUAAUGAAGAAUGCACCCAAUCUCGUCAGAUUUCGUCACUUAAGCAGCAUUCAGCUCUGUGUUUACCCUUGGAUGGGCGACUUAUAAAUAACAGGAAGUGGGUUGAGGUUGUAGGCCACCUGUGGGGCUGGGUGGUGGAUGGUAGAGGACCGUCCAGUAAAGUCCGCUGUAGAUUACAGCGUUCCCUCGUUAUUCACGAUGGAUAUGUACCCGAGAUGCUUGUGAAUAGAAAAUUUCGUGGACAAUGAUAUUGGCCAACGAAAACCUCAUUUCAUCACUUUCUCGCUCGAUGCAGUUGUGUACACUUCCAGAUGCGAUUCACAGAGAACAAAUGGUGAAUAUCAAGUUUGUGAAUAAUGAGGGAAUUACUCUUUGAUUCUUUCGGUAAAGUCACGUAGAAAGAAAAUUAAUUAAAUAAUAGAAUACGAUUUUUCUAUUGCAACACAAGCAAUCGUCAUCAGGUAGAAAACAAACCUAGUGAACUUAGAAAUAUAAUGCAAUACAACACAGAGAAUCGGCGAACACAACAGUCAGUACCUUACCUGGUUGAUUAUGUUCUUCCAAAGAUUGCUAAAUUUGAGAGAGACAAAACACAGACAUGGAGACACAUAGACAGACAUAUGAGUAGAGAGAGACAACACAGACAUAGAGAGUGAGGGAAUACUGUACACUAUAGUGAUACCCUGGUUUACAUCUGGGAUGCUUUCCUGAAAUGUGCAACCACAAAUAUCGAAACGACGUCAAAGCUAUUUACAGGGUAGGUGGUGGAGGUGAAUGCCGAGAGGCGGUAGAUAUGCGAGAAAGGGCGGACGAUGUUGUCGGCGAUAUAAGUGUGGGUUGAGGUGACGCAAAUCGGGUAGUGGUAUUCGUAAAGUGACGACGUAUUUGUAAAACUCCGUAAAAGGAGCGAGGCGUAAAUUGGGGGGAGUUACUCUUUCAAUCUUGUCACCACUCUUCAACGUGCGCUGACCAUCGUGGUGAAGUAUAUAUUCACAAACAUGCACACGUGAUUUCACUUGGUUCAAAAGUGCAAUUUAAAACGUUUAUGCAGAAUCGGAUUAAGAAAAACGCUGGAUGAACACUUCACCACUCGAUUGGCAAUUAUGUAUAUAGUAACCAUGGUUUUAAGUGGAAAUUAGAUUUUGCUAAUUACAUAAUAGCGUUACCAUUUGGUGCGCUUGACCAUUCUGUAAUGGGUACAAAUGCCGCAGAUUGGCAUACAUGGGAUUGUGCAUUGCACCUGCAAAACGUCAAAUAAAACUGCAUUGGCUACAUGGGCAGUGAUGUAUAUUGUACAAUGGACUGAAAACCCUUGACCACUCAUCAUUAACACUGCCUUCACUCAAAGUACUGCAUAGCAAUAACCGAUGUUUUGGUCAUAAGAAGAGCCAUAUAUUAAAUAAUCCAUAUGGUACUUUAAAUUCCUUAGCAUAGCACUCUUCGAAGAACACGUGUAAUACUGCAUGUAUUUGUUGUCCUUCCUCCGUAUAGCACGGUUGGCUAUGUACGGUUCAAAAGAAGUUCAAGUAUGUAUAUGCGUUCAAAUGGUAACAUUUCCAGGACAUGUAUGGUAUAUGCAAUAGUUUGAGCGUUUAUUAGAUGCGAUAGUUGGGUGCACUGACAGACUAAAUACACAAAGCUGUAAUCCAGAUUGACUUUAUGCCUACGAAUUUUAUAACCUGUGUAGUAAGUAUAUAUGGAGGCUUCGACGACAGGAUCGGAGGCACACUUAUUUAUUACACCAACACAGUCAUUACAGGUCACUUGGCUACAGGGAUUUCUCGACAGCUAACCCCUCUAACCUAUACCAACUCCUCCACUACGGGACUAGGGGAGGCUAUCUGUCCCAGCUUGGUUAAGCUGGGAUCCCGGCUCCCUGAGUCACCAGACCAGCUUCGUCUGGGCUCUCGGGGCCACGCCACCGGCUUGCCCUGGUCGGCCCUUAGAAGGACAGCGAGCCAGGGGAGCUCCGGGGCCUAUACUAGCAGGUCUUCGUUCUUCUCUGGUUAAAGCUGAGUCCCGACCUCGAGCCCUCGAGCUCAUCACCUUUUAUAGGACUCGCCCCCGAGGGGGGGCCCGUGGGGGAUACACAUGCGGACGUCGGUGCGAGCGCCACCCUUGUGUACGGCCGUAACCCCGCCCCUUGUGUUUGUUGGCCAUCCGUGGCCAUGCAUAAUCACACCUCAACAUUCGUAGCCAUGCGCAAUUACACCUCUACACCUGUAUAGCCUUUAACAAUGCAUAUCAAUCUACAAUAAGCACAUUAAAAAAUGUGUGAAAUGCAAACAAUAUUUAGUUUGCCCCCUUUAUAAAUGUUGUCACCAUGUCUUAGGCUGAUUUCUUCUCUUGGACACUUGCUAAUCACUAUUUGAAGCCAUUAGCUUGGCUUGCUGAUUCAAGGAAGCAUUGUUUUGCAAAAAUAUUAUUGCUACACCAGUGAUUGUGUUGUAUUACAUGUCAAUGCAAAGUUAUAAACUCAAGUCAAAUCUUCCCUGCUUAUUUGAGCAAUCGCAUUGGGGAGCCUCCAUUGGUGGCCCUAAGCCAGUUAUGGAAAUUUCUCAUUACUAUGGUGGGGACCAGGCACAAUCGCAUGGUUCUGAUCUCAGCUUCUAGUCAAGUCAAACACUAACCACGGCACCACCCAGCCAAUUAUUAAUGAACAAAAAUAGAAUUCUAAAUUGGGUAUCGGGUUUUUUAUGAUUAUGUAAUGUACAGUCUGUUCUCGUAUAACGCCGUGUUUUUCACAACGCGAAUUGGAUAUAACGAGUUGAAUGUACGAGGGAACACGUUUUUAUAACGCGGUUGCGAAUUGGAUAUAACGCGAUUUUAGGUGAACAGAACUGUCACGCAGCUACCACGGCGUAGCAUUGCAAGAGACUGAAUGCUUCAAGAUGCUAGCCACGUGCCUCAGUCUUUGUUUGGCCUCCAUACGCAUCUCACAUGCUGUCGCAGACUGUGCUUUACUCUUAUUAGAACGCGAUUUUUCAAAAACGUGUUUUUCAGGAACGCAGCUACCGCGUUCUAGGAGAACAGACUUAUUUUAUUGAACCGACUAUUGUCAAUUGAUACAUGUUACAAUGGAAUAUUUUUGUCCUGUUUGGCACUCACGACAAUAUUAUUGACAGUAUUUGCUCUUGAAAUGUCAAUUUGUGCUUAAAUGGAACCAGAACCAUUUCAAUAGGAUUCUGUAUUCGACCCGGAGAGAUUCCCUUGGAGACUCGUGCUUUGUGGCGGCAGACAUCUGUCACAAAUAAGCGGUGCGCAGUAGUUUGGCAAACCAGUCCUCGGGCCUCGCCUUCAAUCCACACCGAUCAGCAUCACGUAUGGUCAAACUCCACCAGUGACAGAAACGGCUUGGGUAAGCAUAUAUCCAGUGGUGGACAAAGGCCAGGGAUGUUUUAUUUUGUUGAUUGCCAACAGAGCCUUGCUGCCUCUCCUUGCAUGCUUUCACAUUGGACAUGAGCCCAAAACGUAAUCUCUCGUGCCAGGCCUGGCUGUUAACUGAGCACAAGUGGCAGACCAUGCUGGCUGUAGCGUGACGGGUUCCUUCGUUGUACAUUGCAACGUCUCUUUUGUGCCAGCUCCCACCUCGAUGGAGCCACAAAUGAUGGUUGUGUUGACUCAAGUUAUGCAUCAGUAACACAGUUGUUGCCUGCCUCUUUAAACUGCAGCACAUUGUUGGCGUCUUGGUUUCCUAUGAAGUGCCGUAUUGCAAUAUUCACUUUAAUUUCUGCAUGUAAUUGACAAGAUUGAGUAAUGUCUGUCCAGGGUAGUUUUGGGCGUUGUGGAGUUGUCCAUGACGUACGCUUCACGUGCUAAUGCUGACUUUUGAACACCACGUGAUGGUGCUUUUUGCAUUUGCCUUCAAAAUGUUUAUUGUUAUGCUUCAAUAAUGGGGCUGGUGAAAUGCUUAAAUAUCUUUAUAUUGUUAAUAAAGAGUCGAUAACAA